AUUUACACCAUCCCCACAUAAUUUGGGGGUUCGUCCGGGAUACGGGAUGGUGGAAUAAAGAAAAAACAGACGAAGACUAUGAUGCCGGUGAUUUAACCUGAUUAAGAAUUUACGAAUUACGAACGAAGACUAAGAUUUAAAGAAGCUUAUGAUUAUACGAUUACGACUUGAAGACUAUAAAACUUUUUAUUUACAUUAUUCAACAUGCCGCCGAAACGAGUAAAAGAUGAUGAUGAUUGUGGUGAACCAUCGCCGCGUAUUUCCUUCAAUGACUUAGAGAAAUCAAUGACGCCAUUUUCGGGUGAUGAUGCCUAUGGCAUCGAAACAUUCGUAAAAGAUUUUGAAGAUAUUUCCUCUUUAAUGCAAUGGGGCGAAAUAGAAAAACUCAUAUUUUCGAAGCGGCUUCUCGCGGGAACCGCCAAGCUAUUUUUACGUUCACUAAGUGGGACCACCACGUGGGAUACACUUAAGUCUGAGCUCCGUGAGGAAUUUGGUAAGAAGUUGAACAGUGCAACUGUUCACAAGAGACUUUCAACUCGCCGGAUGAAGAUGAAUGAGACUCAUCAGCAAUAUUUUUUACAUAUGAAGGAACUUGCAGUACUUGGGAAUGUUGAAGAUGAAGCCCUGAUGGAAUAUGUCAUCGACGGUAUUAAAGACAGAAGAUUCAAGGUGAAAAAUUGUUAUCUUAUAGUUCAGGAACAACAGAAACUUUAACUGGAAUAGCUGAAAAGGAAAUUUAUACAAAAGGAUCUUUCACAGCAAAAAUUGAAAUUGAUGAUUGUUAUUUUGAAACUUUAUUUUAUGUUGUUGAUGAUGGCGCUAUCCCUGUCAACAUUAUAUUAGGAAAUCCUGUAAUGAAAGAAGUAGAAAUCAAUUUUAAAUCUGGAACUAUCACUGCAACAAGAAUAUUACACCUUACAAUGCUAGAGAAUGAAAAUGAAGAUAUCACAAAUAUUGAAAACAAAGAAUAUAAGAAUAAAAUACAGAAUAUUAUAAAAGAAUAUAACCCCAAAAGAUGUACUAAAGCAUCAAAUGUAAAACUUAAAAUAUUAUUAACCGAUGAUGUACCAGUUUAUCAGAAUCCACGACGAUUGUCACCUUUGGAGCUUAACAUUGUUGACAAACAGAUUAAAGAAUGGCUUGAUGAAGGAAUAAUAAAAACAAGUAAGUCUGAUUAUGCUAGUCCAAUAGUGCUUGCAAAAAAGAAGAAUGGAAUGUUAUGGAAGAUUAAGGAUGGAAAUAAAUUAAUGGUUGUACCUAAGAAAAUGCAAAAUGAAAUUAUAAGAAAACAUCAUGAAAACGGACAUUUUGGUUGUGUUAAAACUGAGGAAUUAAUAAAUAGAAAUUAUUAUAUAGAGAAUUUAAAGGAAAAGAUUAAAACAAACAUUGAUAAUUGCGUGGAAUGUAUACUUAAUUCAAAUAAAAGAGGAAAGAAGGAAGGAUUUCUACAUGUAAUAGAUAAAGGUGAUUUACCAUUGUCUACUUACCAUAUUGAUCAUCUACGACUGUUGACUCAUCUGGGACAGAUGAUUCUGCAGGAUGACCGUGUGGGAAUAGGAUAAAAUAUUAAGAUGUAUUUCAUGA